CUGGUGUCUGGGGUUAUAUAAAGUCACAACAUCUCAUCACAUCAGUCCCAUACAAAACCUGGAGACAAGCUUUCUGCCAUGAAGAUAAUCGCCUUCCUUGUGUUGUGUCAACAAGUCACCGGCAGCUGGAACAAUGCUCUACCAGCUCCGCAGCACAAGUCUGAGGCAGAAUGGUUUCCUGCUGACUGCCAGGAUGUCUGGGACAGAAGUCGACCCUUGAGUGGUGUAUAUAUCAUACAUCCACGAGGAGCGCGCCGCCCCCUACCGGUGUACUGUGACAUGACGACCAGUGGGAUGGUCUGGACAGUGUUCCAGAGGCGGCUGGACGGUUCCGUGCAUUUCAACCAGUCCUGGCAGGAUUACGUCCAUGGGUUCGGGAACGCGGAUGGAGAGUACUGGCUCGGGCUGCAGAACAUUUACCGCCUGACGAUGUGCGGUGAGUAUGAGCUGAGGGUGGAGCUGGAAGAUCUGGAAGGAGCCCGGGUUUCAGCUCAGUACAUGAACUUCAGUCUAUCCCGUCAUGCCCUGAACCCUGACAGUGAUGGAUACCGGCUGAAUGUAGGGGCAUUUACUGACGGAGGAGCAGGGGACGCCCUGAGCCUCCAUGUUGGACACAUGUUCUCCACCUAUGAUAAGGACCAGGAUGGACACGUUCAGAACUGUGCGGAGUAUUGGGGAGGAGGGUUCUGGUACCACUCCGCAGGCUGCGCAGAGGCCGGACUUAACGCACGCUACAACACAACUGACUCGCAACACCCUGCAUUUUCCUGGACCACAUGGGUGGACUUCCCACAGACACUCCGGGGGAGUCAGAUGAAGAUGAGGAGGAUCCUGGAGUGAUCUUACAUAACCUAGCAGAGUCUCUAUAUGUGGGGGGGAGGGGGGGG